CCCGUUUGAGUACGAACACACCUUUUCCUAUAUCAAAAAGGAACUUUAAUACGAUACAUUAUUGCCCCAGCCUCUCACUCUCACAUCCAUCACAUAGUGGACAGACUGGUCAAAGCAUGACACAGUGACUUGUAGCUGCCCGUCCCAAACAUCUUCUCACCUCAUCCAGGAUGUCCUUAUUGAUAGUGUGCCUCUGGGCAGGGCUUAUGUUGUCCCUUCCUCGUCCUAGUUGCCAAUCAUGCACCAUCGGCUCAGCCAAUGAGUGCAAAGAGGCAGAAUUUGCUCCUGGAACCAACCUAGCAGGGGAAGGCUUUGACAUCACCAAAAUGAAACGCAAAGGAGCCUUUGUCAUUGACAUGAACGUGUGGAAACGCAAAGACAAGACAUGCACCCUCUGUAAGAAUCCCUAUCUGGAAGGGAAAAAACAGAGGCUUCCUUUGGCAGUGGUGGAUUGGAGACCAAACCACCAGUGUAGUAUGAAAGUGUCCAGUAAACUCCAUCGCUCCAGUGAGUCUCUCGUCAGCUCCAGUGGCUCUUCUGUGGAGAAUAACUGGCAGGUCAAUCUAGAGUUAGAGAAGGGAUCAAAAAGUGGGAAGAUUAUGCUCGCUGGAACCAACUCCAAAUUGGCUGAGUACUCCAUGGAGAAAACCAAGAGUGACAAGUUCAGUUUCACAAGCCACAGUGUGUCCUGCGGGUAUUACAGCUAUCGAGUAUCUGGCCAGCCCAAGUUACACCAAGAAUUCAAGACAGCAGUAAAGAAUCUCCCCAAAAUAUAUCAACAAGAAAACAAACAACGUUAUUACAAGCUUAUUGAUAACUUUGGCACGCAUUACAUUACCAAGGUGAGCCUGGGUGGAACGGUGCAGUCUGUGACCAGUAUCAUGCAGUGCCAGGCCAGCCUGCAGGGUCUCAGUGCAGAGGAGGUGAAGAUGUGUCUGGAUGUGGAGGCGUCUGCCAGUGUGGGUGACAGCAACAGCUUGAAGACUGAGUUCAAGCACUGUCAGGAGGAUAAGUCUAAGACAGAGAGCAAGGCCAGCUUCUCCAGUGUCUUCAAUGAUAGGUUCACAGAGGUGAAAGGUGGCCACACCACAGAACCAGAGCUCCUCUUCUCUGCUGAUAAAGAUCCCACCUCCUACAAGGAAUGGCUGAACUCCCUACCACACUAUCCGGACAUCGUCUCCUAUUCACUGGAAUCUCUCCAUGAGUUGCUGCCCACCACCAACCCAGCUCGGAAGCACCUGCGCAAGGCCAUCAGCGACUACAUCCUGGAGAAGGCCUUGUGGAAGAACUGUUCUGAACCCUGUCAAACUGGCAUCAAAAGUGACCACAGAGACUCCUGCGUCUGCAACUGCCACAACAACCCCGGGGUGAGCGCCGACUGCUGCCCCACCCGCAAGGGCCUGGCGCGGGUGGUCAUCACUGUUCAGAGAGGGGCCAACCUGUGGGGAGACCACACCACUGCCACUGACGGCUACGUGAAGGUGGCUUUCGCAGGCCAGACAAUCGGACGCACUACAGUUAUCUACAACAACAACAACCCCAGAUGGGCAAUGAGCUAUGACCUGGGAACCGUGGAUCUGUCAACCAGUAAGAAGCUGAGAUUUGAGGUGUGGGACGAGGACGACAAGUGGAACGACGACCUGUUAGGAGAAUGUGAGAAGGAGCUGACAGCCGGUGUGAAGGAGGAUCUCUGCAACCUCCAGCAUGGCCAACUGUUCUACAAGUGGGAGGCGGUGUGUGCCCCCAGUCUAGGUGGCUCCGCCUGUAUGGACUAUGUGCCCUCCCCUAUGAAUCCCCACCUGGAGAAGGUUUAUGUGUCUCGCCACUCCCGUCUCAUUCCAAAGGACAUGCUGGUGAGUAUGGGAGUGUUGGUGGACGGACCCAAUCUCCAUGGCAACAAGAGCCUCAGUACAGGGAACAGAGAGUGUGGUCGAUUUUAGAGGUAUGCAUGGUGAUCCAUGUCAAAACCCGUAUCAAAACCCCAGAUCUUUUUCAGGUAGAUUUCUCCAACCUAAAAUAAUAAAAUAAAUGUUUUGGUAAAAUGUGUUUUGGUGGGCCUCCCGGGUGGCGCAGUGGUCU